AGUUUGUCUUUGACUUGAAUUUGGUGUUUUGAUUCAUUGUUGUGCGCAACUUAUUGAUCUUUUUUACCGAAUUUAGAGAAAAAUGAGUACUUCAGAAACGAAACCGGUGUUCCGUGAUCUCGCCGGAGACGAUCCGGAGCCAGAAGUCACUGAAAUAGAAUCAUUUUGUAUGAAUUGCCAUGCAAAUGGCAUGACUCGACUUCUUUUGACUCGUAUCCCGUAUUAUAAGAACGUAGUCAUAAUGUCGUUCAGUUGUGAGGCUUGCGGGUACGAAAACAACGAGAUCCAGCCCGGAGGAGCAUUUGCGGAGCUUGGGGUAAGAUGGAAACUAAGAGUGGAAUGUCAGUUGGACCUUAACCGCCAAGUUGUGAAGAGUGACUACACGGGGGUGCGGAUACCGGAGCUGGACUUUGAGAUACCCGCACAGAGUCAGAAAGGAGAGGUAACUACAGUGGAGGGUAUAAUAGCUCGUGCGAUAUCCGGACUCCAACAAGACCAGGAGACACGUAGACAGGAGCACCCUGAUGAUGCAGCCACAAUCGAUGAGUUCGUCACACGAUUGCAGGCAUUAAAGACUGUGUCUACCCCCUGGACGUUGGAGCUUGAAGAUAUCAGCGGUAACUGUUUUGUAGAGAAUCCCGAAGCCCCGGCUAAAGACCCGAGAUGUGAAAGAACAGAUUUUAAUCGCAGCAAAGAACAGGAUCAUACACUUGGGAUAUUCCAACAGGAAGAGAUACACGGUAUAACAAACGGUCUAGCACAAAGUAAGAUCGAGGCUGAAGCUGACUUCUAUGAGAAGAUGGCCUCGGAGGAGGUGAUGCAGUUCAAAACGAACUGCCCGGACUGCAACGCUCCCGCUGAGACUAACAUGAAAGUAACAAAUAUUCCUCACUUCAAGCAGGUAGUUAUAAUGGCUACUGUUUGUGACGCAUGCGGACAUCGCACUAAUGAGGUGAAGUCGGGGGGCGGUAUAGAAGACAAGGGGGUGAAGUUCGAAGUGCGGAUAGCGAGUAGGGAUGAUUUCUCCAGGGAUGUGUUGAAGGUAGGUUUAGGUUAUGAAAAAUGUGCGGUAGUUUUUGAGUCUGCAUUACAAAGUUUUCCUCUUUAUAAUAUUACUAUAAAUGUAUUAUUUACUAUACACAAACUACAAUUUACUAUAACACUAUAUUACAAUAGUUUUUUUCUCUUUUCCCAUAGUUUUGUAGAGAAAUUAGAGGAAGUACUAUCAGGUAAGCGAGCGGUGACGUUGGUUUUGGACGACCCGGCCGGCAACUCGUACGUGCAGAGCCUCUCUGAUGACCCACAAAUACCUGAUGAUGGUCUGAAAGUAACUUAUUAUGAACGAUCUUUUGAACAAAAUGAUGAACUAGGUCUCAAUGAUAUGAAGAUCGAAGGUUAUGAAGAAGACAGUUAGCGAACUGCCAGAUUAUAUAAAAACUAUAGACAAUGCGUUAAUUAUUUUACUGUUUAAAACAUAAAACAUUGCCGUUUAAAUGCUUAA